AUGCAAUGCAUGCUGGCGAGAAUUAGAAGGACAAGCUGUUACCACCGCUGCAGUCACCUCUUGUGCACUGAAGAUGCCAGUAAGAUUCUCAGCAAUGAUGCUGCUUGCUCCAUCUUUAAUCAAGUGCUAUCUAAAAGUCUUAUGAAACUUGUGGAUAUCAAUCCCAAUGACGAAUGGAUAAAUAUGAAAAUGGCUGGGAUUUCUCCUCAGAUAUGGAUCUUAUUGAUGAAGAGUUCAUUCAGAAGUGUCAUGUUUUCCACUGGGCAAAAGGAUUUGGAGAUGCAAGUGAAGAUGAACAAGAUAGUUGCUCAGUGCCAGCAGAAAUGUGAGACAAUGCAAGAAAAAUUUACAGAGAAAUUGGAGCAAAUCCAUAUUGAGUACCAGAAAUUGGCUUUGAGGUGCCAGAUUUUUGAGCAAGAGAUAGAGACCUUGUCUGAAGAUAAGCAACAGCUUCUAGAGAGAGAGAGAGAGAGAAGGAGGAGAAAAAGAGAACUUGAUGAAAUGUAUGAUCAAGCAAGAAGCGAAUUGGAGUCAUUGAAGCAAUUGGCAGUUCAACCCUUUAACCAUUUCUAUUUAAGAUCAGGGCCUGAUUUGUUCUCAAAUCCUGCUGCAAUGAUGGAUAGUAGAAGUUCCACUAGAAAACUUGACUUAUUUGUCGCGGAUUGGUCCGCAUACACUCCUGAAACUCCAGUCCCAAGGGAAGAAAUAUGGGCACCAAGACAAAACAGUUCCAAAUCAGGGCCCUUCGACAUCUCCAGUGGCUCACCUGCUAGACAGACGGCAGUUCCAAUUAAUACUGGUAACAGAAUGGCCGGUGUUUGCCCUCCCUUUGGGGUAGGAACCAGACCAGAGGCUGCCAAUCCCACAAAUACAAUGACUCUUAAGGAACCGUCUCCUAUCACCAAUAAGGCAACAUCAGUUCUCUUGCACCCGUCGUAA